AAUGAUUUUGAGCUUUUUGUUUCUAGGAUAUAUUGAUGCGUGGAAAGACACAAUACGAAAAAAGACUCAAAAUGAUAUAACUACUUUAGUUGAAAGAGCUCUACAUUCGUCUUCCAAUAAUUCUGAUCAACCAUCAUCCCAUUCUUCUGAUGAGGAGGUUGAAGGGGAGCAGCUUGAUGAUUCUCAGGGCAUAUCGGCCAUCGAUAAGAUCAAGGAACGAAACUUUCUUAUUCUCAGCAAAAAAAGAUCAAUUCAGAAGAUUAGAGCUUUUUCCGCUUUGGACAGUAAAUCCCCGUCCUCUGAAUGCUCUUCCGUGUAUUCUAUUGGCCGUUCAGAAAGAAGUAUAGGUCGUAAAUUAGGACGAUUCCUGAGCCGCGAAGAAAGGAUUUCGCCCGAAUUUGAAAUACACAAAGCUUUACCUGAAAUACCGUCUACUUCCACUCAAUAUCUUUCAUAUGCAAAAUUGGCCGAAAAAGCAUUAAAUGACUAUGAGAAAUUGAAUGCUUUUGAAAAGCAUCAAUUCUUUAAUUUCUUCACCAAAGAUGCCUUCGUAGAUGCUCUCCGAACUGGCAGAUUGGCUGAUGGAUCCUUCCUGCAGAAAGUUGAUGGAAACUACGUAGAUAGAUACGGAAUAGAAAAGGACGAAUACGGCCCAUUUUGGCCAUCCGAUUAUGGACCAUUAUGCCCUACUCCUAAAUUAGCUAGAGCCUCUCAAUGGAAAUUUGAACCGCUCAAUACUAGGAUGGAAGGUAGAGCUUUAGUUUGUUGCCAUGGAGAAGGAAUGGUUGAUUUAAAAGAGAGAGAGAGAGAGAGAGAGAGAGAGAGCAAGAAACAGUAUCAUUGCGCUAAUGCUUUCUUAACUGAUAAAUUGAACGCUAUGUCCGACGAUCAACAGUCAUUGAGCGAAAGCGCUCAGGAUUCUUCUUGCACUGACGAUGCGGACAAUAACAGUAUGUUUGCUCCAAUCAAACGUACAGUUAUCAAUCGUUAUUCACAACAUCUGGAGGAGUUUAUUAGCAAAUAUAAAACCAAACCACCGGAUAUUAAAUAUUGGCCAUAUGGACCAUAUUGGCCCCCUCACUAUUAUGGUCCGUUAUUACAGACGCCGAAACAUCUACGGACUAUGCCGGAUUAUAUUGAACCACUAUUUUGCAAAGAUAAUAAGAAGUUGAGUAUAGAUAAGCAACAAACUGAAUUUGAUAGGAGAUGGAGAGGAGUACAGAUUGUGUACGAUUCUGAAAAAAGUGGUAAAGAUUAUCAGCCACCCCCAGUUGCUUCUGGUUUUUGCCCUUCUUUAACGUUCGAAUCGCGAUUUGAAAGUGGAAACCUUCGUCAAGUGAGAAGGGUUUAUGGAAGAAAUACGAUGCAUCUACACUGUCCUCUAUUAAGUAAAGAAAUGCCUUAUUAUAUGCUUGAAUGGCAAAUGGAAUUUCCCUAUAAGGAAGAUACUUAUUAUCUCGCCCAUUGUUAUCCGUACACAUAUACCGAUCUUAAGGAGGAUCUAGACAACAUUAUUACAAAUAGUGAAAAGUCGCACGUUAUAAAAAGAGAGGUUUUAUGCGAAACUAAAGCUGGAAAUAGCUGCUUUUUAAUAACAGUUACAAACUUUGCCGUUAAUCCUGAUGAUAAACAAGGAGUUGUCGUGACAGCAAGAGUUCAUCCAGGGGAAUCAAAUUCAUCUUGGGUAAUGAAAGGUGUUUUAGAGUUUCUUACCAGUAAUUCAAAUGCUGCAAAGACUUUACGUAAAAAGUUUAUAUUUAAAUUGGUACCCAUGUUAAAUCCCGAUGGAGUUAUUGUUGGAAAUUAUCGUUGUUCACUAUCGGCUAAAGAUCUUAAUAGGAAUUAUAGGCAUCCCCAUAAAGAAAAAUUUCCAACAAUUUGGUAUACAAAAGAAAUGCUUGAAAAAUUCGGUAAAACUUCCAACGUUCUUAUUUAUUGUGAUCUUCACGGGCAUAGCCGGAAGCAAAAUGUUUUCAUGUACGGUUGUAACACAACUGAACAGACUGAACAGAACUUUUCUAGUCCCGAGCAUUUUCUUAAAGAGCGUCUUUUUCCCUUCUUAAUGUCAAGAAAGGCUCCAGAAAAGUUUUCCUUCACCGGAUGUAAAUUUCAAAUAAGGAAAUGCAAAGAGUCCACAGGAAGAGUGGUAAUGUUUAGGCAAAUGAACAUUCAGAAUAGCUUCACCUUGGAAGCGACCUUCAGCGGAACAACUAUUUGCAGCGGUGAAAACCGGCACUUUACAGUGAAUGAUUAUCAAGAUAUGGGAAGAGUUUUUUGUGAAACUGUUUUAGAAUAUGACGAAGCGCAGACAAAUAAAAGUGCUCAAACCGAGAUAUUUAUUAGUAUGACAAGAGCUAUUGCGCAACAUUUCUUAGAAACAAGAGGAAUUGAAAUAAAAUCGAAUCCAUCAAUUAAGAAAUGGAAUAGUGAAACUAAUGACCAAGAGAAACGUAGUAACGCUUCAAGUAGUCCAAUUGUUAAUGGUAUUGAUAAAAACAAAAGUCAAGACUGUGUUAGCUCUAGAAAAAGAGCGUUUGAUGUUAGCUCUGUUAAUAUUGAUAAAUUAUUGAACGAAACUUCUCUUAAAUCUUCGGAUGGUUGUAUAAAAAUCUUAGAAAAUUUGAAUUUGUCGAACGAUUGCCUCGAAUCGGGGUCGUCGAGUGAUAGUAAUAGCGAAUCCGAACCCGAACUUAAGUGGACGGAACCGAAAGCGAAAAGAAAGAAGAAAAGAUCAAAAACUAAAGCACUUAACGAAAAAAAGAGCCUGAGCGACAAGACGCUCCCGGCUAUAAAUAAUAACGAAGCAAAGAAGAAAGCGACAACGGAGUUCCACGGUUAUUUGCGACUAUCAAAAAGACAAACACCCGCUCAAUGUCUUUCUCAGCCUGUUUGUCCGAAAUUGUUUUCCAUACCUCAAAUUAAAGAAUUAACGUAUCAAUCGUCAAAUUCUCUUGUUCGAUACUCGACAUCUGAUGGCGAAGAAGAGCCAAAGCGACAAACAGAUUCACUGCCAGCUUGUUCACCUCAAAGGAAGCUUAACGAAUCUGAAUCAGACCAAAACAGCUCUACGGAGAGCCUACAAGAGAAGCUGAAACAGCCCAUUAUAGCACCAUUCUCGGAUAGACUAACAAAAAGGUCGCUGAGUUCAAAUGACUUGAAGCUCAAUACAUUCACGAGUAAGGAAUUUGUUAAGAAACACCCUCCCUUUAAAAAUAAAUACGAAGGCCGAAGUAACGGCGGUAUACCGUGCUUCUCCCAGGAAAGAUUAUACGAGAGAUCUAAGAAACGAUUAGAUCGUUUAGAAGAUCAAACGCCGGACGACAAGAAUUUAUUAUACUUUCCGUCGGAUGAUGUAAAGGAAGAACCCAAUACCGCUCGAGUGAAAACUACUCCGCCUCAUUUAUCCUAUGUUCAUACCGCUCAAGGUUUUAAUCCCACAGUCAGUAUGGAUAGAAUACGACAUGUGCCAAAUAAACAAUUCGAACCUUUAUCAAGUCUUAACCUAUCGAGUUUGCGAUUUCAUCAAAGAUACGAUACAACCAUAAAGACUUAUAGUCAUUUUAGUCAUCCUGCAACAGCAACAGCGCCAUUAGAACCUAGAAUUUCUAAAGAAGAGUUUAACCGACCACCUCGCUCCUAUCACUUACCCAUAUUGAAAAAUGCAGUUGUUCCUGCGGAUAGUGCACAAUUUUUGGUCGGACCUCAACAGUCUAAAAGCUUGCCAUCGUCAACAUGUAAAUCCGAAAAAAAUCCAGGUGUCCUAAUUAAUGGAUUACGGAAAUAA